UUUGAAGCUCGGUGUAGGAAGGUCGACAACUGGUGUGUUGCUGCUGCUGACAUUUUGCGUGGAUAAUGUCACUCCACAGUGUUUGACACCACCACAUGUCAAAAACGUGCGCCACUGGCUAACAUGGACCCACGAUGAGACGAUUUCAAAGAAGUUAUUUGGCUGCAACAUCGUGACGACUUUACUGCCGUGACUAUGACUUGUCGAGUAUACCUUUUGAAGAUUUGGGAUCACAUGUGUAAACACGUUUAGCUUUGCGAGCUACAACGAAAGUUGGUAAGCAUGAGCACCGGCCCAAAUCAUGGUGCCUUAGGCGUCAGUGGUGAAAACCCGAGGUCUGCUGUGUCACUCGCUGGACAUGUCCAGCAAGUUUUCAGACAUGUGAAGGUAGAAAACCUGGUUGCAGGACUAAGCGGAGGAGUUGUUUCAACGCUGGUUCUGCAUCCUCUUGACCUGGUCAAAAUCAGGUUUGCAGUGAGUGAUGGUUUGGAAUUGAGACCCAAGUACAAUGGUAUACUGCAUUGUAUGAAAAGUGUGUGGCACCAGGAGGGACUUAGGGGACUCUAUCAAGGAGUCACCCCCAACGUGUGGGGUGCUGGAGCCUCUUGGGGUCUCUACUUUUUUUUCUACAAUGCAAUCAAAGCUUAUGUAAAGGAAGGCCGCCAGGCAGAACUGAGUGCUACGGAACAUCUGGUGUCCGCAGCCCAAGCAGGGAUUUUGACACUCACCAUAACUAACCCCAUUUGGGUUACCAAGACCAGGCUUGUACUCCAGUACAGUUCAGACCCAACAAAUAAGCAAUACAAGGGGAUGCUUGAUGCCUUGCUCAAGAUCUAUCGCACGGAGGGAGUGGCAGGCCUGUACAAGGGUUACGUUCCUGGUCUAUUUGGAACGUCUCAUGGUGCGCUGCAGUUCAUGGCCUACGAGGAGCUCAAGAGAGACUACAAUAAAUACAAGAAAGUUCCUUCUGAUGCAAAGCUGAAUCCCCUGGAAUACAUAACGAUGGCGGCACUAUCCAAAAUAUUUGCCGUGGCUACAACAUACCCAUAUCAAGUGGUUCGAGCUCGACUCCAAGACCAGCACAACAGAUAUAACGGUGUUAUCGAUGUCAUCAAACGGACUUGGAGGAAUGAAGGCGCCACUGGGUUCUACAAAGGCAUCGUCCCCAACUUGAUUCGUGUCACUCCAGCAUGCUGCAUUACGUUUGUGGUUUACGAAAAUGUCUCCCGCUUCCUCCUUGGCCCAAGUUAACAAGGUCCAAUGGCAAAAAGGAAGAGUAUGCACUUGAACUGAGUUAUGAAACAGCAAAACUGACUGAAUGGAUAGUCACAAUACAAGUACCUGGAAUAUCAUCCUCAAUGCAUGAAUUGAGUGUUCCAUUGAAUAGGAAUGAAACGAGUUGCCUUGUUCAUUUACUGAUUGUGGAAUGUGGUAGAUUGAUUGCUGUCCAGUGCUACAUGUUGUACUACACCUCUAAAAGAUGGAAUACCUAUGUAAGGGUUUUUGAUUUUAAAAAGUUUUUUUUUUUCUUUUGGUCAAAAAUGAAAUGGCAAGAGAUAAACGCCAAAAGCCUGAAAUGAAUUUCUUUUUAAUAAUUCAAUAUUUAAAAGGAAAAAAAUAACAUAUACAUGUUCUAACAGAAUCACCAUAAAUGUUUAUUUAUAUAUAACUGUGUAAUGCUGGCAACAAAGAUGUUUUUUUUUUGUUUAAUUUUUAUAAACUCAGAACUGCACACUUCCUUGUGUUGUCUAAUAAAUUCUAAUGCGUAUUUAGAAAAAAAAACAACUGGAUAAACAGGAAGAGGAACAAACUGUCAACAUCAGAUUUUAAAUUUAUUGAGGUCCGUCUUUUUUUGUUCUAUUUUUGCAAGCAACAAUCUUCAUAUCUCCCCAAUUAGUCCUACCUUUGGUUCAUAUAUACAUAUAUAUUGGGGAGGGGGGUCAGAAACAUAGAAGGGAAAAAAACAUGAAAAGUUAAAAAAAAAAAAUUGCUUUAUUAAACAGUAAAAAUUCAUGUAAAAAAAAAAAAAAAAAACAGGACAUGUUUACAUGUUGGCAAUUACUGCCGACAGCACCAGCAAGUGGAAAGUUAACAGUACAGUACAGUACAGAUUUUUAAAAAAAUAUUUUUUCCUGGUAAAGAAACUGGCCAGUCAAAUUGUAAAUUCUGUCAGCAAAACAUUGAAGUUCUUAUCAGUGAUGUUGUGAGGCCUCAGUAAACCGUACCUGCUUAUUUUUGAAAACCAGAUAACAUAGUACUUAAAGCUGACGUCAUUCAUCUUAUGUAACUAUUUUCAUUUUGGAAGCUCUUCGAUGAUAAUCCUGGAAACUGAAUUCCAUCCCGUGGAUGCAUCGCCACGGGGAUAGUCAGCGCAGGUCCCCACCCAUACGGCCACGUCCACCAACCCUGCUUUGACACCCUCACACAGUCCUUCCACUGGCACAAAAAAAAGAACAAAGACAGGACAUAAUUUGUAGGGAACACCCAAAAUGCACAGCCACAAAACUGCUGUAUGCUGAUGUGACCUCUCCCAAUGUUUACUUCCCAAUUUCCACAGUAGUUGAAACCACCAUGGAACUUAAUAGUUCUACAUGAAGAGUGCUUUGCCUUUUAAUUAUUUCAAAGUUGAUUGAAGAAUGUAAAUUACAUCUGUCCAGUAAUUAUCUCUAUAGCUUAGUACAAAUAUUGGAAACCGCUAAAAAGCUAAACACAUAACAUGCAAAUAUAAAGAUGGAAUUUGAACUCUCACUUAUAACAUCGUGGCAAUUGCAACCUGACAUUUCUCCAAAUUUGAGCUCUCCCAUGAAAAGCACACACUGCUGCAUCUCCAAACUGAAAGUCUUUGAGUCACUGACGUUGCAUUUGUUCACUGGCUUGACUUUCACGAUGGGGGCGCACAUUCAUUUUCACCCAGUUAAGCUGUGAAUGGGUGUGUAAACUUGUCAGUCAACUGCAGGGGUUAAUUUGUGCUGGAUCCUGCCAGAACCAGAUCUGGCACCUCUUGAUUUUGACCUACCUGUGUUCCGGGAUUAAUUUUGGCAGAUCGGGCACCUCUCGUGUAUAGAAAAUAAUUAUAAUAUUUUAAAAAAAAAAAAAAAAAAAAAAAGGUGAGCUGCAGCGAUCUUGCUAACGGGCAGGACCGGGUGCAGCAGCAGCUAGCCAGGUUCACGGACAACCAGCCAAGCCGGGGCAGGAGGCCAGGUGGACCAUCAACAGCCGGAGCAACAGGCCAGUACCCUUAUGGGAAAUUCAGGUUUGGGCUGUACAAUUUGUAAGGCGGUGGGAACUUUGAGGCAAGAGAAGACUGAAACUCUCAAAGGAAUGGGUUUGUGUUAUUUAUUGUAAUCUCAGAUUUUUCUUUUUUAUGUUUUCCAAGUUAGACUGUAUGUUACUGUAAGUCCUACCAGUGGUUUUGUGGGCAAUUGCCUGUGCUGUGCAGAGAAUAGCCUAAAUAAUUGUAAAUUGUUGUCAUAUUAUUUAUACCAUGGAUAUUAUCUGAAAUUGAGGCUUGUAAGUCCCACAGCAUGGCAAGUGGGGAUUUGCAUGUUGUUUUCAGCACAAUUUUCUGCGUAUGUUCCAGGACCUGUGCUCGUCUCGUCAUCCCUGCGCUGUCAAAUGUACUCUGCGUUCCGGCACCUUAUGAUUUACAAAAUAAGCACUGGUCGACUGUAUUUGUGCUCUAUGACUGUCUGACAGCCAAGCCGAGUCGUCUUACUUUUGCUUUAUUUGAAUUUAAAUUAUCUCCUUGCACCCUGAAACAGAUAAACGUUAAAAAAAACUAAUGUUUUUUUUUUUUGUUUUGUUUAAUGGUUUUGGGGGGUUUUUUGCCUCAAGAUAAAUGAAAUGCAUUUGUUAACAGAAUAAGUAAGGUUGUAUUUCCAAAACUGACUUUGGCAAGGAUUUAUCCACUGGUGGUUUGAGGUUUCCCUCAAACACCCUUGGGAUAAACUAGAACAGAGAUUGUAAAACAGAUUUUUUCAGUUUUUAAAUACUCCAGGAUGUAUUGUGUUGCAUGUCCACCUAUGUUCUGAUUAUGUGGUCGAAAAAGUCCAUGAUGUGUUCUUAAAAAAACGUUUUAAGAUCAAUUGACGGUAAUGGUUUACAACACUGUAGUGGUACCGCUACUUAUGAAAUUAAUUGGUUCUGGAAGUAGUUUCAUAAACUGAAAAUUCUGUAAGCAGAGACGCAAAAUUCAGACAUAAAUCUUUUAUAAAUAAUAAAAAUGCAUUGAAUCAUGUAACAAAUACAUGUUACAAUUAUAUUCUUGCACAAUAGACAAAUUCUGAGAUGUCUACAAUGUAAAAAACAAGAGUGUAAAGAAUAAACGUUAACACACUGAUGUAAAGCCGUCUGAACACUUCAAGGCCCGAGGGUCGAAUGAAGAGGACACUGGUAUACAAACAUACACAUGGAGUAGAGACCACCUUUUAGCAAUUUGGAUGCCAGGAAGAUGCCAGGAAGACGCUAGGCCAAUGGCAGAGCAGCUAUGUUACUUUCAGUAAACUGCGAGUAGCAGCACAUACUUUAUUUUUGCCUUUCGCAUCCUGAAACUUCUUUCAUAACAAGAGGCAAUCUUUUCCCGUCGAGGUGUGUCGUAACCUGAAAAUUCUGUAUGAAGGGCCGUUCGUAAGUAGAGGUACCACUGUAGUUUUGAUCUAUGUGGUCUGAUUGGUGUCUCCACUUUUUCUCAUAUUUAAAACAUACCUGAAGAUGUUCUGUGGAUAUUGAUGGUGGAGUUGAGCUCUGGACUGCCCUGGUCCAAAUAUAUGAUGGACUCUAUGGGAAGUGGUGCUGUGCACUCUGCUCCAUUGAAGGUGAAGUACCACCGCUGGCAACAUGCGUUCUUGCACUUGAGUCUGAGGGAGCCACUGAAAAGAACUCUCAGGGCGCUGUCUGUUCUCAGCUUGGUGAACGUACAGUCCUACAAGCCAGCAUAGGAGAAUGGCACAUUCAAGGUCACUACUGUGUCUCCGGAUCACUAUUCAAAGAUUUCUAUUGCCCAUAUGUUCACUUCCAGGGACUGUACAAUAUAGAAGUUUUUAUUUGCGGAUGUUAUUUGGCAGCCAUGCUUGUAAUACUGUAUCUUGUGUCUUGUGCAUCAUUAACACAUCAUUCAACGCAGACAUUAUACAGAUAACAUUUAUUAAAAGCCUCCUCAAAAGACAUAACAAAGCACAGACAAAACCAAUAGCACAAUUAUGACUCACGGAGAGAUAUGAAAAUUCAAACAAUUUACAGAAAUCCUGUUUUCCUAAUCUGGUUUGUCUAAACAGUGGGUGAGUCUGGGCUGCUUUAAUGUCCCUUUUCAGAUUUUUCAUCUGUUCAUUGCAAUGAGUAAAAUUAUUUUUUCCUAACAGCAAUAUUUUCCAGCCUGGCAAAGACUGUUACUGUAUCAAGUGGGUUACAACACAUGUAAAUGUACUUACUGCAAUUUUUCCCAAGUCGAUCCCAUAAUUCAAGGAGUUCCAGGCACACUGCUUGUAGUUGGGCCUCCAGGGUUCUUCGAAGAUCUCAUUGACACAUUCUCCCUUCUCACCCUUGAGGCCGUCACGUCCAGGAAUGCCCGGUGUCCCCGGGAUGCCAUUUGCGCCGGGGUUACCAUCUCUCCCGGGUGUUCCUGCUGGACCUUGCAUGCAGCUGCCAUACUACAGGAGAAAGCAAGUUGGGGUGAAUGUGGAUGUUAAGAAUGAAAUCAUUGUAUAACGUCCUGUUUCCUGAGAGUAGCUCAUUCAGAGUGCAACCUGAAAAUAGCCUGUUUUGUCGAUAAGAAGACUAGACUAGUCAUUUUUGCAUGAGAAAAAAAAAUAACUCAGACUAUCACUGAGCUGAUCAUGUCUUGAUGAAAUGGGACCAACAACCUAGACUAGCUGAAUGACAUGACAGUGCUGGAAAGGUUAGCAGUGAUAUUUCUUUGUUUAGCCGCGUCUGUUUAAUUGAAAGUCCUGCAGCUAUAUGUUUAAACCAAGGGCAUAGGUUUGGUCGCCACAUUGGUAGGGACAAUAUUACAGCAAUGCACAUAAUGCAAACAAUGAUCCAAAUAUGGGACACCUAGCUUGACAUCGUUGUUCCUUGUGGAGGCUAGCCUGACUGAAGUAGUUUUGACAGUUAGCAAGUUUAAUGUUAUGCUAACUGUUGCAGGUCGGACUUUCAGUAGCAAAAUUAGUGGUGUUUCCCCCACCUCCACAACAUUGACGUCUUUUUA